AUGAAAAUUGAUAAUUCUGGAAUAAAAAUAACAGCCACGGUAGUAAAAAUAAAACAGGCAGCAGUGGUCAUGCACAAAGAUAAAGAUGACGGGCUUCAUCGUCAGCGGGAUCUCACAGCCUUUGACCACACUCCUCUAGAUGGAGAAAUGUUUCUUCAGGCACUUAAUGGAUUCCUUAUAAUUUUAACUUGUGAUGGAGAAGUUUUCUUCGCAACGCAUAGUAUAGAAGGUUAUUUAGGAUUUCAUCAGUCGGACAUUGUCCACCAGUCUGUAUACGAAUUGGUCCACUCAGAAGAUAGAGAAGAAUUACAACGACAACUGAUGUGGAAUUCGUUUCUUCCACCCGAGUCAUCCAAUAUGGGUCUUCAAGAUGUUCUUCUGCCAGAAAAUUGCCAUUUGUUAGAACGAAGUUUUACCGUGCGCUUCCGAUGUCUCUUAGACAAUACUUCCGGUUUUUUGUUUGGUUUACUUCAAAUGUUUCAAAACACGGCCAGUUUCCCGGGUAUUGCCAGAGGAGAUAGCACCAUUUUGAGAAAAUUAGUCGUUUCGGACAUUGUACAGAAAUCUGGCAUUGAAGUUAAUGAGUAUGGAAGUGUUGUCUACGCCGCCUCAGUGGUCAUGCACAAAGAUAAAGAUGACGGGCUUCAUCGUCAGCGGGAUCUCACAGCCUUUGACCACACUCCUCUAGAUGGAGAAAUGUUUCUUCAGGCACUUAAUGGAUUCCUUAUAAUUUUAACUUGUGAUGGAGAAGUUUUCUUCGCAACGCAUAGUAUAGAAGGUUAUUUAGGAUUUCAUCAGUCGGACAUUGUCCACCAGUCUGUAUACGAAUUGGUCCACUCAGAAGAUAGAGAAGAAUUACAACGACAACUGAUGUGGAAUUCGUUUCUUCCACCCGAGUCAUCCAAUAUGGGUCUUCAAGAUGUUCUUCUGCCAGAAAAUUGCCAUUUGUUAGAACGAAGUUUUACCGUGCGCUUCCGAUGUCUCUUAGACAAUACUUCCGGUUUUUUGCGUUUAGACAUCCGAGGGAGAGUGAAAGUGCUUCAUGGUCAGAACCGUAAGUCAGAAGAGCCUCCUUUAGGACUUUUUGCAAUUUGUACUCCUUUUGGACCGCCAUCACUGUUAGAAAUCCCACAAAAAGAAGUCAUGUUCAAAAGCAAACACAAACUAGAUUUGGCUCUAGUUUCUAUGGACCAAAGAGGUAAAAUGUUAUUAGGUUAUUCGGACAAUGAACUGGCCACUAUGGGAGGUUAUGACUUGGUACAUUACGACGACUUAGCAUAUGUAGCCAGUGCCCAUCAGGAACCCUAUAGAUUUCAGAACAAAGACGGACAAUGGCAAUGGUUGCAGACUAGUUCGAGACUAGUGUAUAAAAAUUCGAAACCUGAUUUCGUCAUAAGCACACAUCGACCCUUAAUGGAGGAAGAAGGGCGUGAUCUUCUAGGCAAACGUACAAUGGACUUUAAAGUGAGCUAUCUAGAUGCCGGUCUUCCAAAUAAUUAUUUCUCCGAGACGGAUCAGCUUCUAUCCAAUACUCCAAACGUUACCCCCCAUCCCAUACCAACGACUCCAUCUAGAGUAAACCGCAGGUACAAGACGCAACUAAGAGACUUUCUGUCUACUUGCCGAACAAAACGUAAACUAUCGCACAGUUCAAGUGGACAAGUCACUCCUCCUGCUAAUUCCAGUGUUACGUCGGCUGUAGUUAGUCCAAUGCCUACAGUCGAUUACAUCACUUCCGAUGGUUGUACAGCUGCGUACAACAUGUACACUAGUCCGUACUCUUCGGCAACUGCAGAGCACAGUCUGUCUUACAUGAGUCACUCCAAUUUUCAGCACAGUUUAUAUCCAACGCCCACAGCACUGGACAAUCGUUAUUUGACUACUACAGAAAACUUAUUUCAUCAGUAUAGGCCACUUAGUACGUAUUACCCGGAGUAUCACCAUUCCCCUACCGCUAGUCCUUACGUCGGAAACGGAUUUCUUGAAAUGCCUUCAAGAACAUAUGAUCCGUCUAGUUCAACACCUAGUCACCACACUACCUACAGAGCCACUGUCAUGCCAGUCGACGACAAAAUAUAUUCAUGUCAACAAGUCGGUCAACCAACAUACGUGGAUGCUUCCAGGAGCUACGUAGUACCUAACUCCACUAAAUGUUUAGAUGUCUCCUGGCCUUACUCAGUGAGUCCUUCUUCGGGAAUAAUCCAGCCAAUUCAAGUCAUGAGCACACAAUUAGAUAUAAGUCACAAAGAAUGCAACAAAAUCAAACAUUCAUCAAUUGACGGAAUGGGAAACCAUUCUUCUUCGCCGGUUAACACCGGUCUUAUAACACCAAAAAUGGAAGAUAUUAAAACAGACGCAAGUAUAAUCCACCAAUCAGAAAGCCCCAAUCACCACAUGAGUCAAAACUCAGUAACGCCUCAGCAUUUUUCCCCUGUGACAUCAGUAUCAGAAAUGCCGAGGCAAACUGUAUUAAUGUGGGGAUCUAAUCAUAUACACAACUCUCCAGGAUCUACGAACAGAUCUCCUGGUGACAACGGGGAUUACUCCAUUUCGUCAGUACCACCUUCAGAAGGUUGUGAUGCUUUAAAAAGUUUAGCGGAUAUAAGUAAUCCCGAAAUGUGUAAAUGGAAUGGAGAGGACAGUAAAGCCGAAACUGUAGUUCAGAAUAGUGAUUCAGACAGUCCACACCAUCAUCCCAACCACCACAACCACCACAAUUCGCGAGUAGUGAUGGUUCUAUGA